AGAUUUAUUAACAUUUCUUAUAUUGUUGGUGUUAGUGUUAUUCAGUUGAUAAACAUUUCAGUUUAAGUAUUCAUAUUCUAAAAUGGUAACAACGUCAAACUGCUGUUUCUGUUUCUCCGUACGAACUGGGGCUCUGAUCAUAGGAUGGGUGGAAACGGUGUUCGGAAUUUUUGACGUAGCUGCAAAAAUUACAGUGAUGUCUACAGGACAACAAAUUCAACUAGAUUCACCCGCCAAUGAUAUCAGUUCCAACAUUACCUUAAUGUUCUUGGAAGUAUUGGUGGCCAUAGCACUUCUUUAUGGCGUGUAUACGUACGACAGAACAACCGUACACUUCUACAUCUUUCUGCAUGCAACAUUGAUUGUUAGUAAAAUUAUCAUGUUGAUUGUUCUGCUCUUCUACGCAGCCUUCACAUUUCAUUUUAUCAUGUGGGAAAUAUGUGGAAUAUUUACACAAAUAUAUGUGGUUGUCGUGGUCUACAGCUACUACAAGGAAAUGGAAGAACACGAAGCUGAACCGUGGCCUUAACUGUUUGUUGUAGGCCUAUACUAUGGAUGGUUUUGAGAUAUUUGGUUGCAUAUUGAUCAUCCCCUACAAUUAUUCUGUGUUUUCCUGACAUAUAUUUUCUUGAGUACUGAAUUGUUUACCAUAAGCUUAUAAGUCAAAAUUGAAAGUCACUGUAUCAUAACCUUUCUUGGAAUAUCACUUUUAUGAAACAGCUUCAUUGAUAAGUUUAUUUACUCUCACACAACAACUCUAUUGAUAAACCCCGCUUUCGAUACCCGUUUAUCAUCUAAUGUUGUUUGUGUCAUUGACGACUCCGAUCACCAGUUAAGUUCGAUAAGUGAUAGAAUAACACACGCAGUGUAAAAUGUGGGAAUUUAGGUGUUUUUGUGUUUAUUUAAUACUGUUUAUGUUUGAAAGUGAGUAUAUAGGAUGUGAAAAACAUAAUCAGCAAAGCCAACAGGAUCGAGGCGGGCACAUCCAUAGCAGUGGGCGUAAUCUACAUGGCAGUGGGCACAAUAUUCAUGGCAGUAUUGGAGGCGCACACCCUGAGGGAAGACCCCACAGCAACCAUCCUGCCAGCAACGUCAACACAGAUUUCAUCAACGCUGAACAACAUACUCAACAUCCUCAGCAUCACCAGCGUCCUCAACAACCUCCCCCACAUCAUGCACAACAUCCUCCACAACAUCAGCGGCCACAACAUCAUCAAAAUUCCCAUCAUCAGGCGAACCAUCGACAUAGCGUAAACACAGACUUUAUAAAUCACGAACAACAAUCCGCCAAACCCCAACACAGUGAAGGUGUUCACACAAACGAGAGGGACACUGGUGAAUUCAUCAAGAAUGAACGAAAUGAUCCACGACGUCCCAACCAUCAGAGCCAAGGAGGCAGAAAGGGUGGACAUUACGAUAGCGCAGACGACUUUAUCAAGAGUGAGAGGUUAGUUGUAUCUCCAGAUAAAGACAAGAAGCAACUACAACAAGGUAGAGCUGAAACUCCGACGAGUACCAUGCCAACACUUGCGAGUCAGGGGAUAACACUGCAAACUCUGACUGACUUCAUAAUACGUUCCCCAGUAAGGGAUUGUCCACCUGGCUAUAGGGUGGACUGGUCCGGCAAUUGUCGUCCGGCUUUUUACUGAAGAGUUGACAAUCAGUGUGAUAAAUUGCUUAGGUUAUUUUCACCCUUAAGAUGCUAGAAACAUUAGUGUCAUCAUUUGUGUGUAACGUAUAUUAUGUUUUAACUAUUCGAAUUGAUUCAAAAACAAACUUUUAGACAAAA